GCGUCGCUCCCUGCUGCUGCGUAGGAAACAAACCAAACACCACUUCAGCCAGAGAGUCUGGAGGUGUCUCUUACGUAAACUAAAACUCAAUAUAAACCAGAAAAAAAAUGCAUUCAGUCAACCUGGACAGCAGCGGUUCGCCAAAGAAACGGACGUUUUCUCGGGGACUCAGCGAGGAUGAGUCUCUCCGCAGCAUCAUAAAGGAGACUGAGAGCUCAUCCAGGCGGCUGAACCGAAGCGACAGCCGAGCAGGCACCCUGAAAAAGAGGAGUGACAGCCAGCAGUCUGACCAGGACCUCUUCAUGGGGCUCCCAGAAAUGCUGGAGCUGCAGGCCAGCUAUGACGAGGCGGUGCAGGAGCUGCGUGGGCUGGAGGUCGAGCGAGAGGCUCUGUUGUUCCAGGUGGACGUCCUGCAGGACACACUGGAGGGUGUAGAGGAGCUGCUGGCUGAAGCCCAGAGGGAAGCUGGACAUGCUAGUUUGGAGCUGGAACGAGAGAGGGAGGCCAAGAGGAAACUGGAGAGCAUGGUCUGCUCUCUGAUGCAAGAGGUGGAGAGAUUAAAAGAGGAAAGGAAUAAUAAACCACCUGCUCCAGAGAACGCAUUGGAUGAAGCAGCUAGACGAGGUCACCAAAUACAAAACGAGGCCAAGGAAUCGAUGAAAGUUGCACACCGAGAAGAAAAGGACUCCUCACUGCGUAACGGAGGACUGGCAGCUGCAGAGGACGAGGGUGAGGGAAGCGUCAUGACGAAGCUGCGGAGGAUGGUGAACAAGCCGCUCCUGCCUUCUCUUGCGCUGGACAACCUGGUCUCCGAAGACGGUGUCCUCCGGAGGCCUUGCGAAAACGGCAUCGAGGGUGGACGAGAUCCCUCCCCGGACAGGAACGAUUCCGACAGCAUAAGUGCCUACGAAGAUGCUUCUGAUGAGACUCCGGAGCAGGACAGGAUCUUUCCAGAGCUGCCUCAUGAUUCAGAGGAUACAGAGAAAAAUCCGACUGACGAUGGUGAGAACCAAGACCACAAAAACCCUGAUGGCUGUGUUUUGUCUUAACUUUGUUUUCUCUGCUACUGGGCAAAAAAAAUCAAAGAUAAUUUGGUGAAAUUCAAGAGUUAUUUAAUUUGCAGUUUGAUGUUUUAGUUGUUAGGAAACUCUGACAGCAACAUUCAGAGUUGUCGUAAUUAGAACUGCAGGAAUUAGCCGAUUAGUUAGUCAAAAGAAGAUUAAUUUGCAACUAUUUCAGUAAUCUAUUAAUGGUUUUAUUCAUUUUUCAAGCAAAAUUGCCAAACAUUUGCUAGUUUAACUUCUCGAACAUGGAGAUUUGGUGCUUUUCUUUGUCUUAAGUGACAGUCAGUGAAAAAUAUUUGGGAUUUGGACUGCUGGUAGGACAGAACAAGCAGUUUGAUGUCACUUUUUGGGAGAUUAUGAUGGUAAUUUUUUAACUUUUUAUUACUAAAUCGCUACAGAUUAAUUCAGAAAAUGAUCAGCUUGAUCUAUAAUGAAAUGUUGGUUAAUCUUACUCUGUUAGUCACAGGUCUAGUUGGAGUAGUAGUAGUAGUAGAAAUGUAUGUUUUUAUUUUAAAGUCACAACAAAGAAACUCAGGAUCCAGAUAGUUUACUAGCUGGAAUUCCACUAAUGACUACUUUUAUAUUAUUUGCCAAUCAUUUCUUUUAAAUCUGUCUUAACUGGUCAUGUUUUUAGAACACUUUUUUUUCUUCACAAGCAGCUGCAGGGACACAAAUCAGGAUUAGUCUGUAUACAAAACACAGUGAGCUCUGUAGGUAUUUGGACAGGCACUGAUGCUGUUUUAGCUCCAAUCAUAGCUACACGCUGAAAACACAGCAAGGUUUCUUUUCAAAAUGGGAUGAAGACGGUUUCAUUUCUAUAAAAAUAACCUUACAUGAGAGUCCUGAGGUUUGGUCUUGCUGUAGAACUCACUGUAAAGCAGGUUUACUUCACGUUUGACAUCGAUCUUUGUAAGCUAUCAUUAUGUAUUUGGUAACAAAGGCAGGUGUUUAUAAGGGUUUGGUAGGGAAAUUUUUUAAUUAAGGGAAAACGCCAUCUAUUUACUGCCUUUAUUUUAUAUCUUUUAUACAUUCCCUUUUCUCUGUUUUGCUCUGGAAAUGUAGGGAAGUUGAUUUGGCUGCAUUUGCACUUUUUUAAUAUUCUUGUAUUGUGGCAUACGUUUGUCAGAUUACAUUAGAAACAACAUUCCCUUUACAACCAAACACGUCAGCGAGAAAACACUCUGCUGACCUGCUGCAGGCUGGAUUCUGUCCGUCUGCAUGCUAUUACUGUAUGUUUGCACAUUUGCAGUGGAUCUUGCUGAAAUUAGUCUCUUCGGAUGUCUUUGAAUGCUGUAAACACUUUAUAUGUAAUCACAUUUUUGUAUUUUGAUUUUUUACAAUGUCUCGUUUUUUCUUUUUUUCCGUUAGUGCUCGAGGCAGCAGUAGACCCUUUCAUGUCAAUUGUGAUAGUUUGCAUGAGCACCUAUGGAUGCAUAUGAUUUCCAAACUGCACAUAAAUUAAUCAGUGUCAAUUACUGGUACUUUUGCACGCAGUACUUUCACACAUAUUAAAUACUACUUUGAUCUGCAAAAAUUGAUGUUUUUCAGAGUUUUCAGUUUUAAUUUUGUUAGCAAAUCAUAUAUCACAAAAAGCAGAACGACAUUCAUAUGUUGAAACUUGAAAAUGGGUAGUUGCUUCAUUUAGCUCCACCUCCUGUUGUUGGUUUAAUGCAGCAUACUACUGUUUGUACAUUGACUCAUAUGCCUUUGUAACUGUUGCCACACUGUUCUGUUUCAUUUCAACGUGUGUUCACAUGCUGAUAUUUGAUAAUCUGUAUUGCUGGCUGCCAAAAUGCACAAAACGUCAGAGGUGACAUGUUACAGGAGGCUACUGUUACUGCAGUGGUGUGUGGUGGCACUGUGGUCAGUUCUUUAACAUAUCCAUGUCAAAUAGCUCAGUUGCUUGAUUUUGUCCUCAGUUUAAAUUUUUAAUCUAUCAAAAUGUAUCCUUUAAAUGUCACAGACACUGUUCGACUUGGUCAGCAGACCUUCUGACAGUUUAUCAAACAAUCUUUUUUGUUUUUGGUUUCCAUUUUCACACGACAAUGCAAAAAAAAAAAAAGUCCUUACUAUAAUAUGUUGCCUUUUGUGGGUCUAAAUAUUUCAGAUUUUGUCCUGAGCUUUGAAUUACAUGUUCAGAUGUAACAGUAAAUACAUUUAUAUCAAAAUAAAAUGAGUGAAUCAUG